AUGAGGAGUCUUACGACUGUAAUUGAUAACCAGCAGCGGUAUGUUGCCAAUAUAAUCAGCAAGCACGGCAGAAACGAGAUUCAGAUAUAUCCUGUGGAACAAAUUGCACAAGCCGGUGACGAAGACUUAACAAGCACCAAUUUGGCAGUACGGAUUGAGCUAGAAGCCGAGGAACAAAUAGAGAGGGUUAGAUGGGUUCAAGAUAUAGACAGCGUUGUUGGAAAGAAGAAGGGAUCCUCUUCUAGAAAGAGAAAUGCAGAAGAUAAGGAUAUAGCAGCUCUGGAAGACUCUGAAGGGUCGCUAUAUUUGUUGGCCAUAUUACUGAAUGGUAAUAUCAUUUGCAUAUCUCCCAAUUCCAAUCAGAUCCUCACAACUAUUGAAAAUGGCGAUGAGUCUCAUAAGAUCCACGAUUUAGUCAGUUACAACACCAGCACUGUGUGGACCAUUGGUGAGAACGGGAAGCUCCGUGAAGUAGUGCUUACCUCUGGUAAGGUUAAGAAGGAGAUCCAAUUAUCCAAUUUCGACAAUGAUAAUACAAGCCAUAUAGCUUCCAUUAAAAAGAGUGCUAGACAAAGUAUGUUGUUACUAGGCUCUUCAUCUUCGUUAUAUCUUGUUGAUCCUGCUAAGAAGAAGCCCAUUGUGGAUACCGAAGCCAGUCAAGAGGCAUCUAUCACUCAAAUAGUGGAAUCGAUUGUGCGUCCAGACCACGUCUAUGUGACUAGAGAAGACAGUAAGACAAUUGAAGUAUACCAAGUCACUCCUACAAACAUUGCAUCCAUAAAUACCAUUACAAUCGAAGGCGAGGCCGUCGCCGGUAUACGACUUUUCUCCCUUCCCGAAGAAAAGAGAGAGUUAUUGCUUGCUCUGAGCUCAGAGGGUGUUGAAGUGUUUUCCAUAGAUAACAACGAAGUUAAGACAUUGAACACCAUAACCACCAAUGUCAGCAACCAUCCAUUGGUAACUUUCGUUCCUCAGAAGAACGCAUCAGGGUACAUGGGUCUAUGGUACGAUGGGAACGAGCCGCGCUUCGCCAAGUUUGACACAGACUUUACUGACGACGUUGAGAUUGCAAUUGUCCAAGCAACAAAUGGUGAUGUGGAGAUGAGCACUAGUAGUAAGGAUGAAACAGUGUUAGUUCCUGAAUCUACCAAAGUCCUCAAUCUAGACUCUGAUAAGCUACUCUCGCAAUUACAAGGAUUUUUGCAUCAAGAAGAAAGCGACCAGGUUAAUGCUGAGAUCAUUGAGUUGUGUGAAACCAACGAUGACGAAGAUAGAAUAAAGGAGAUGGUCCAGAUCUUAGGAUCAUCUACAUUGGCUACCAAGCUCUUUGUGGUCGUUAGUAGAGCUGUUGCUUCUGAUCCUGCUAAAGGGAACUCGCUUUCGUUGUGGUUAAAAUGGAUUUUAUUGGCCAAUGGAGGUCACAUCGCAAAGCAACCAGAGCAAUAUGAAAACGUGAAGAACUUACAACAUGGGUUAAGCGAAGGAAUGAAGAUGAUACCUCGUCUUUUAGCAUUACAGGGGAGAUUACAGCUUUUGAAGGCUCAAGCAGACCUUAGAAGUAGAAUUGGUUCCAAUGACAACCUUGACCUUGAAGAGACCAAUAUCAUCAACAAUAGUAGUAAUAGCAACGAUGCCGAUACGUUGUUGUAUGCGAACGGAGAAGAUGACGAUGACGAAUACGCCGAAGAUAGCGAUACUGGCAUGGAAGGCAAGAAGGCUGAAGUCUUUGAAAUUGAAGGUGAAGUUAGAUAG